CGCGCCCCCCGCNCGCCACCCCCGGCCCGAGCCGCCGCCUGAGCCGCCAGCCCGCGCCAUGGAGCCCGGCCGCGGCGGCCUGGAGGCCGUGGGCAAGUUCGAGUUCUCGCGCAAGGACCUGAUUGGGCACGGCGCCUUCGCCGUGGUCUUCAAGGGGCGCCACCGGGAGAAGCACGACCUGGAGGUCGCGGUCAAAUGCAUUAACAAGAAGAACCUUGCCAAGUCCCAGACGCUGCUGGGGAAGGAAAUCAAGAUCCUCAAGGAAUUGAAACAUGAAAACAUCGUGGCUUUGUAUGACUUCCAGGAGAUGGCCAAUUCUGUUUAUCUGGUCAUGGAGUACUGUAACGGCGGGGACCUGGCUGACUACCUGCACACCAUGCGGACGCUGAGCGAGGACACCAUCCGGCUCUUCCUGCAGCAGAUCGCAGGCGCCAUGCGCCUGCUGCACAGCAAGGGCAUCAUCCACCGCGACCUGAAGCCCCAGAACAUCCUGCUGUCCAACCCCGGCGGGCGUCGCGCCAACCCUAACAACAUCCGUGUCAAGAUCGCCGACUUCGGUUUCGCUCGGUACUUGCAGAGCAACAUGAUGGCGGCCACGCUCUGCGGCUCCCCCAUGUACAUGGCUCCCGAGGUCAUCAUGUCCCAGCAUUAUGACGGGAAGGCGGACCUGUGGAGUAUUGGCACCAUCGUGUACCAGUGCCUGACGGGGAAGGCGCCCUUCCAGGCCAGUAGCCCCCAGGACCUUCGCCUCUUCUACGAGAGGAACAAGACGCUGGUACCCACCAUCCCCAGGGAGACGUCGGCCCCGCUGAGACAGCUGCUACUGGCCCUGUUACAACGCAACCACAAGGACCGCAUGGACUUCGACGAAUUCUUCCAUCACCCUUUCCUCGAUGCCAGCGCCACUGUGAAGAAGUCCCCACCUGUGCCUGUGCCCUCGUACCCGAGCUCAGGGUCUGGCAGCAGCUCCAGCAGCAGCUCCACCUCGCACCUGGCCUCCCCACCGUCCCUGGGAGAGGUGCAACAGCAGCUCCGGAAGACGCUGACUUCCCCGGCCGACGCUGCCGGCUUCCUGCAGGGCUCCCGGGGCUCCGGCGGCAGCAGCAAGGACUCGUCCUGCGACACGGAUGACUUCGUCAUGGUCCCGGCCCAGUUUCCAGGUGACCUGGUGGCCGAGGCGACUGGUGCCAAGCCCCCUCCGGAUAGCCUGAUGUGUAGCGGGAGCUCACUGGUGGCCUCUGCUGGCCUGGAGAGCCGUGGCCGGACCCCAUCUCCUUCCCCGCCCUGCAGCAGCUCUCCCAGCCCCUCAGGCCGGGCCGGUUCCUUCAGCAGCAGGUGCGGUGUGUCCGUCCCCAUCCCAGUCCCCACGCAGGUGCACAACUACCAGCGCAUUGAGCAGAAUCUGCAGUCGCCCACCCAGUACCAGACCACACGGUCCUCCGCCAUCCGCAGGUCGGGCAGCACCAGCCCCCUGGGCUUUGCCCGGGCCAGUCCGUCACCCCCAUCCCACACCGAGCACGGAGCUGCCCUGGCCAGAAAGCUCUCCCUGGGUGGGGGCCGGCCCUACACACCAUCCCCACAAGUUGGAAUCCUCCCCGAGCGGCCUGGCUGGAGUGGGGCACCCUCCCCUCAAGGAGCCGAGAUGCGGGGUGGCAGAUCCCCUCGUCCGGCCUCCUCCGCAGCCGAGCACCCUCCGCAGGCCGGGGGGCUGGGCUGUCGCCUGCACAGUGCUCCCAACCUGUCCGACCUGCACGUCGUCCGCCCGAAGUUGCCCAAGCCCCCCACGGACCCCCUGGGGGUGGCGUUUGGCCACCCGCAGUCCAGCCCCCCGCAGCCGGCCCACGGGCUGCAGUCCUGCCGGCCCCUGCGAGGCUCGCCCAAGCUGCCCGACUUCCUGCAGCGCAACCCCCUGCCCCCCAUCCUGGGCUCCCCCACCAAGGCCAUGCCCGCCUUCGACUUCCCCAAGACCCCCAGCUCCCAGAACUUGCUGACCCUCCUGGCCCGGCAGGGUGUGGUCAUGACACCACCUCGGAACCGGACGCUGCCGGACCUCUCCGAGGCGGGCCCGUUCCACGGACAGCAGCUGGGCCCCGGCCUGCGGCCCGCGGAGGACAAGAGCCCCUUCGGCAGGUCCCUCAGUACUGGCCGCCUCACGGAUCUGCUCCUUAAGGCUGCGUUUGGGACCCAGGCCCCCGAUUCGGGGAGCACGGACAGCCUGCAGGAGAAGCCUAUGGAGAUCGCGCCCUCUGCUGGCCUCGGAGGGAACCUGCUUCCGGGAGCCCGUGCUGGGGGGGCCAGCAGCCCAUCUCCGGUGGUGUUCACCGUGGGCUCGCCCCCCAGCGGGACCACGCCACCCCAGGGUCCUCGUGCCAGGAUGUUCUCAGCAGGAGGGACAGGGCCCGGCUCCUCCUCUGCCCGUCACCUGGCACCCGGGGCCUGUAGCGAGGCCGCCCCAGAGGUGCCGGCCACCGGCCACUGCUGCACCUUUGCCGACCCCGUCACUGCCAACCUGGAGGGGGCCGUGACCUUCGAGGCCCCCGACCUCCCUGAGGAGACGCUGAUGGAGGUGAGUGCGGCGGCAGGUCGCUGUGGGCGGCAGGUGGGUGGGGGGCGGCAGGUCCCGGGGCCGGGGCCUCCGCGCCACCUGACGCGUCUGCCGCCCUCCAGCUUCGCGGAGCAGUUGGUGCUUUACCUGAAGGUGGCCGAGCUGCUGUCCUCGGGCCUGCAGACCGCCAUCGACCAGAUCCGGGCCGGCAAGCUGUGCCUGUCGUCCACCGUGAAGCAGGUGGUGCGCAAGUUGAACGAGCUGUAUAAGGCGAGCGUGGUGUCCUGCCAAGGUCUGAGCCUGCGGCUGCAGCGCUUCUUCCUGGACAAGCAGCGGCUCCUGGACCGCAUCCAGAGUGUCACUGCCGAGAAGCUCAUCUUCAGCCACGCGGUGCAGACGGUGCAGUCGGCCGCCUUGGACGAGAUGUUCCACCGUCGGGAGGACUGUGUUCAGCGCUACCACAAGGCUCUGCUGCUGAUGGAGGGGCUGCAGCACAUCCUCACCGACCAGGCGGACGUGGAGAACAUUGCCAAGUGCAAGCUGUGCAUCGAGCGGAGACUCUCGGCGUUGCUGACCGGCAUCUGUGCCUGACCUGUGGGGUGCCUGGCUUACUGUGCCCAAGGGGCUGGAUCUCCUCUGCCAGUUCCCCAGGCUUGGGGGCGGCCAGCUGGCCAGGCUUGAAGGGACAAGCCUGCGGCCUUGGUGCUGCUUGCUGGUGCUGGGGAGAGGGUGGGGGCUCAGGCCUGAGCUCUGCAGCAGUGGGCUUCAGGGUGCUGGGAGGGCUCCACACGACCCAAAUCCGGCCAGUCCCCCUGCCUCACUGAUGGGCUGAGCUUUCCCAGGCACCUUGGAGGUGGGUGGGUACGUGCGGCCGGUCCCCAGCCCCAGCCAGAUCCCAGGGCAGCCCUGAUGCCGGCCGCCAUGCCGAGGACCAUCCUCGACACUGCUCUGCCCAGGAAAAGGUGUGGCCUCCUGGUCCCCCUCCUUCCCCGAGACCACCCACCCAGCUUUGUGAAUCACGGAGCACUUUAUGCAGGCGGACCUGCAGCAGGACUGCCCGCGCAGUCCCGCCUGUUGCGCUACGAGGCGCGUGUACAUAUUAUAUACAUAUAUACAUAUAUAAAUAGCCGUGCGAGCGCGUGCGAGUGUGUGUGCUGUGCCUGCUGCCCGGGACCCGCCCGGAGAGACACAGACCUCUUAUUUAAAUGUUCUUUUAGGGACGGACAGUACGAAGCACCGAGCUUUCUGAACCCAGGACAGACGUUGAAGUCUAUUACACUUUACUCCCAAAUCCUGUCUUAUUUUUCUGCAGCUCUUUUUUUUUUAACGAAAGAAAAUUUGUAGGAGUUUGGGAUGUUUAUUUUGGAGGGGUGGGGCAGAACGACGGGGUGGGUCCUCAGUGUCCUGUGGAUGCGGUUGGAGGCACCUGGUGCCUGUGAGGGCAGCCCUACCGCUGCCCCCCUCCCCACCUGGAGGCGGUGGGUGGGCAAGGGGUGUUUCCUGCAGAGCCUCCCAUCCAGCUUUCACAGUGGGUUUGAUGCCAAAGUCGCAUGUAUGGGGCCCCCCCCCCCCCCGGGAGGNAGGCUGGGUCCUGGCUGCUGGGGGGGGGGGUCAGCGGGGAGGCUUUGCCUCACCCCCCUCCCCCGCAGCGUGUCCUGGAGAGGGCAGAGGAAGCCUGCCUGAGUCCAGGCGCCCUGGGCGAGGGCUUUAAGGUCUCACAUCAAGACGUGGACAUCUUUGUGUGUCUUUAUUUGCAAUACUUGAAAUAUUGCCACUGUGCUUGGAUUUCGAAGCAGCCCUGUGAGUUCCCUUGUCAGCCGGUGACUUCGUUUCUUGCUGCACGGAACCUGUGCAUAUUUAUCGCUUUACGGUCGGCUGGGAUCCAGGGCCACCUGGAGGCUGGUGCCACGAGAGGGGACUCGCAGAGGGCCGCCAUGCUUCCCGCCUCCUGGCGUGUGUGCUGCCAGCCGAUCCUGUCCUCCACGAUUCAGCGCCCGACCCUUGGUCUACUUUAAAGGAGUUUUGUGUGAUCCCCCACCCCCUCCGUUUGCGUUACCUUGUGUCAAUACCGAUUGAAGGAAAUAAACCUUUGGAAUUGAG